AUGGCGAACCUGCAGAGUUAUACAGAUGACUUCAUUCUUGGGUCUCUCUCGGUAAAGUCACAGAAGAAUCUGCUGCACAAAUUUUCUCCCACUCUAUGGACCUCUCUCCUCUUCCUGCUCCUGGUACAAAGAUCCUCUGGAGAAGACUCAGUUCCAACAAAAGUCGUGGGGACCCUUGGAGGGUCCGUGAUUCUCUCCUUUAAUAUCUCAGUGGACACAGAGAUUGAGCAUGUCAUAUGGUCUGGUCCCCAAACGGUCCUUGCUUUAGCAAAAGCAGGAGGCGAAGUUACCAUUCUGGACAAACAUACUUACCAGACCCAGCUAAGUAUCUCCAGUGAAAAUUAUUCUCUGCGCAUCAGCAACCUGACCAUGGAGAAUGCAGGAUGCUACAAAGCUCAGAUAAGCAUGAAGAAUUCUGUUGUCACCACUGAUGAGAAAUUCACCCUGAACAUUUAUGAGCAGCUUCAGAAGCCCAACGUCACUGUUACGGCCACCAUAUCUGAAAGUGCCUUCUGUAACUUCACCCUGGUGUGUUCCGUGAAGACGGCAGGGGAAAGCAUUCAUUACAAAUGGAUGCAAAAGGACUUCAAUGUUUCUAAGCUCUAUGAGGACUCCACUCUCACCGCCUCCUGGAUGUUCUGUGACCCAGAUCGAGUGUACACUUGCACAGUCACGAACCCUGUCAGCCAGAGCAGCUCUCACUCUAUGCAUGCCCAGCAGUUCUGUACAGAUCCAAGUGCCUCCAGAGGAGAAACAGGGAGGAAGGAAGUGAUAGGGAUCCUGGGAGAGUCGGUCAUCCUGGAGGCCCCAGCCAGUCAGAACGUAACGAAAGUUGUGUGGAUGUUUAACACAUCUGUUAUCAGUGAAAAGUGGGGAGAAACAACAACAGCCAAUUCGCUCACUAAGUCCAAAGAACCCAAUAAGGACAGAGUAUGGGUCUCUAGCCAGGACCACUCCCUGAAGAUCAGCCAGCUGGAGAUGGAGGAUGCUGGACACUACAGUGCCUAUGUGUGCUCAGAGAUCACCAGAACGAAUCACUUCUCCUUGAGCAUCCACUGGAAGUUGAAGAAGCCAAAAGUUACCUGGAGCCCUAGGCCCCCUGAGGAUGGCACCUACAGAUUUACCCUGAUCUGCUCAGUAGAGGAGAGUGAGAAUAAUGUGGUAUAUAGAUGGACCUUCCUGCAGGAGGAAGCUCUUAUGUCCCAAGAGGAGUCAUUCCCUAAUGUCUCAUGGAAAAGCAGUGAAAAUUACCCCAACUUCUCAUGCAUAGCCACAACCUCUGUCAACAGUAGUUCCUGGCAGUUUCUUUUUGGGAAUAUCUGUCCAGGUUUUUAUCUUCGUCACUAA